AUGACGCUACCGCCUACAACAAUCAUCUCGCGCUUCCUCACCCACCCCAAUCAAUUGGGUGUGGUCGCCGUCGGUUUCAAUGGCGGACAGAUGAAGAAGGGUGUCGAGGCCGCCCCGAUGGCCCUGAUUGAGUCGGGCCUGCUCACAGACUUGAAGGAGGACCUCGACUACGAGGUUCACCACGACAACAUCGUCCACUACUACGAGAAUGAUAUCCCCGCCGAGGACCCGGACCACCGUGGUAUGAAGAAGCCCCGCGCCGUCAGUGCCGUCACCGAACGCCUGAGCUCGCAGGUGUAUGAAUACGCCAAGGACGGCAAGUUCGUUCUCACUCUCGGUGGCGAUCACUCUAUUGCCAUUGGCUCUGUCUCUGGAACGGCUAAAGCGAUCCGCGAACGGCUGGGCCGCGAGAUGGCGGUGAUCUGGGUCGAUGCUCACGCCGACAUUAACCUUCCCGAGAUGAGCCCUAGUGGUAACAUCCACGGCAUGCCCAUGGCCUUCUUGACCCGGCUGGCCCGGGAAGACAAGCGCGACAUCUUUGGCUGGCUCCAGGAUGAGCAUAUUGUCAGCACGCGCAAGCUGGUGUACAUUGGUCUGCGUGAUGUCGACCGCGGCGAGAAGAAGAUCCUGCGCGACCACAACAUCAAGGCAUUCAGCAUGCACGACAUUGACCGUCACGGCAUUGGUCGCGUCGUCGAGAUGGCUCUCGCUCACAUUGGCAACGAUACCCCGAUUCACCUGUCGUUCGAUGUCGAUGCGCUGGAUCCCCAGUGGGCGCCUAGCACUGGUACCCCGGUGCGCGGUGGUCUGACCCUGCGCGAGGGCGAUUUCAUUUGCGAGUGUGUGCACGAGACCGGCAACUUGGUGGCUAUGGACCUGGUGGAGGUCAACCCCAGCCUGGAGUCUGUGGGCGCCGCGGAGACCAUCCGCGCCGGGUGCUCGUUGGUGCGCAGUGCGUUGGGCGAUACCCUUUUGUAA